AUGAGCUCUGUUCAAACCGCCACAAACGACAACAUUGUCUAUCUCGACAUGUCAGAAAUUAUACGCCCUAUCCCUCCUGUUCUGGAUUUUGAUAAAGUCAACAGUAUGAGGAAUACAAUGGAAGGAGGUGCUCCUCCUUCAUCUUGCAGUUUCAGUCCUGGCGACCUCGGGAAAGGUGAACUUCCUCCUGUUGAUGUAUUGACCUUUAAGAAAAGUGGUAAAACGUAUUACUUUGCUUUUGGUGGAUGCCAUCGUCUACGCGCUCAUGAUGAGUCUGGAAAGCAAAAGGUUCGUUGUAAAUUGGUCAAUUGCUCUCCUAAUACUCUGCGUUUGUACUUGGGUGCUACUGCAAACAAAUAUCUGGAUAACUAA